UGCAACACCUCCAGAGAUGUAAUGAGGACCCUCUGCCAUUGGUGACUUGAAUCCUCCGUGCUUCAGAGAGAGAGAGAGAGAGAGAAAGAGAGAGAGAGCGAGGGGCGAGCAUCCUCAUCUUCCGCCCCCAUUUUUCUUUUCUUUUUUUUUCUUUUUUUUUACCCCCUCUCUCUCUCUUUGGACGCUCAUCUGCCCUUUUAAAAAAUGUAGGAAGAAGGUGCGCUGUCAUUUCAGCGACGAGGAUGCCAACUAUGUGCCCCGCUUUCUCUCUCCGCAUCUUCCGUCCGUGUGCGCGCAGCCGGGGGUGAAACCAUGAGAGAUCUGCGUAAAGGCAAAGUUUGAGGGCGCUCACCUGUCCGUUCCUCUCCUUCCUCCUGACAGCCAGCCACGGGGUCGCUAAUUCUCACAAUUAACGGACAACUUCGCAGAGACCCGCCUGUGCUCCGGUGGGCUUUUAUUCUUUUUUUUUUUUCUUCUGAAACUGGGAUUUGACAGCGUUUGUUGGAUGAAUUUUGAUGUGCGCAACGCUGGGGAAGGAUACGGCUUAAAUAAUGUUGACAGGAGGAGUAAAGUCCAUAACUUGAGUGUUUUUUAAAAACCUUUUCUGUCAGCUAUUGUCGACUUUGGUGGAAACCCAUCCAAAUGGGAGGAUACCUGGAGGACUGAGUCGGAUUCGGCAGCCGAGAAAAAAUGUGGAUAAAACGGAGUGUUGCGCGCAGUCCGUCUGCUCCGAGGCCGGGCAGCUGUGUGGGGCACGGCGUUUGGAUCCUGCUGGCCAUGACUCACCUCACUCUGGACUUCUCCGUCUGCAGCCCCCUGGGUCAGGGUCUGGGGAUCAAACUCACGCCCAAGCAGGUGCCUCGCUCACGGCCUCGCUUGCAGCCCCUCUGGGACACGCCCAACAAGCUCCACUGGAGAACAGUGAGCCCCUUGGCCCGCCGGCUCCUCAGCCCCGUCCCCCCACCCCAGGACACCAGGGCAGGGAUGGGGCUGAAAGUCAAAGGCGUAAAGCAUCGAAAGUCAACUUAUAAAGGACAAACGACAUGCAAGGAGUGCCGGUUGAGACACACUCAAAUAGAGACAAGUGGCCCUUUGGCUGUAAAAGCUGAAGCUCCAGCGGCUUUAUCAAGGGGGAGGUUGUUAAUUAGAGCCAGGAGGCAGCUCAAAUGGGACAGCUACGACAAGUCUCAGGAGGGCCGGACUACCACCGUGGCUGGAUUUAUUGACUGGGGACCCACAGGGACAGACAGCAUCGAUGAGGACGGCAAACCGGACACCAAUGUAACGCUGUCCACCAGGGCCUCGUCCACCACAGUGGCCACGACCACUAGCACUACAACCAGGCUCUCCCAAAGGACGUUCACUGUGGUGACCACAACGGAGUCCAAGAGCACCACCAAGCCCACUAUCAGCAACACGGAGACUGUCAAACCACCAAAGCCAUAUGGGGACACACCAGGUUUGGCAGUUCACCAGAUAAUUACAAUCACUGUGUCUCUCAUCAUGGUUAUCGCAGCCUUGAUCACAACACUCGUCCUUAAAAACUGCUGUGCGCAGUCUGGAAAUGGUCGCCACAAUAGCCAUCAGCGUAAGAUCCACCAGCAAGAAGAAAGCUGCCAAAACCUGACAGACUUCACCCCGGCCCGGGUCCCCAGCAAGGUGGAUAUAUUCACUGCCUACAACGACAGCCUGCAGUGCUCGCAUGAAUGCGUUCGGACUGCCGUGCCGAUCUACACUGAUGAGAUGAUCCAGCAGACGCCUGUCUACAAGACCGCUUACAACGGAAACAGGCCGUCCCCCACUGAAAGGCAACUGAUUCCUGUGGCCUUUGUGUCAGAGAAGUGGUUCGAGAUCUCCUGUUGACGAGCUGAAGGCCUUGUUCAUGCUCUGUGGGUGGAAGAGACUUCCUGAAUUCACGCUCUGGAUCCAGAGGGAAACAAGACACACACAAAACAGCUUCUUUUGUAAAAUAGUGUGAUCACUCUUUGGACACCGGCGAAAAUAUUUAUUUUUCUAGAGAUGACAAGCAGAGCAGCUACAAAGCUGCCACUCCAUAUUUCCAGGAACCUACAGUCAUUUAGAUAUAGAUUAUAUAUAGAUAUAUUUACAGGAUGUAUGGAACAAGACUAUGGACGUCACGGAUGUCUCAAGGAAAACAUUUGACACUUAACAACGGAGCCCAAGGAGCCGCUUUGGGUGGAGGACGAACUGUAUUUCUGAACAAUGUGCCAAUAAUGCCACUAUGUGCCACAACCUGGAUAGAUGGAAGUUUCGACAACAACCGUUGGACAAGAAAAAGAGCGCUAUAUUAUCCCUGUAUCAACUCCAGUGACAUUAUUUUAUUUUCAUUUUAUUUUUGUCUUAAAGAAAUGUUUUAAAAAAAAAAAAUACUACAAAUCUAUUUAAAUAUGUUUUUGAAAUAGUUUUAAGAAAUGUGUUGCAAAAGAGUCAAGAAUAUUCACAUGAAGCACUAUUCUACUAGCUGGAGAGGAGUGAAAAGAUGGAAAAAAAAA